AUGGCGCCCGCUCCGCGCCGCGACCUGCUCGCGAAGGAGCAUUUCGCAUUCGUCUUUGGGGGUGUUAAGACGCAAAGUUACUAUGACCCGGCCGCCAAGGGUCCAGGAUCACACACUAUUCGGACGCUGGCCUGGAAUCCGACGGGUCAACUCAUUGCGACAGGUUCGGCUGAUCGCACGUUGCGGAUUUGGAAUCCGGAGCGUCCUGCGAUCAAAUAUUCGACGGAGCUUCGUGGGCAUUCAGCUGGGAUCGAAAAGGUCCUGUUCAAUCCGGUCCGCGAUGCUGAACUCGCCAGUUGUUCUACAGAUGGAACGGUGCGCUUUUGGGACGUGCGAUCGAAGACAUGUGUAAGCCGACUGGAUGUCGGUGGUGAAGCCUUCACAUUGUCGUGGUCUGCCGAUGGGAGUACAAUGGUCGUUGGAAGAAAGGAUGAUACGUUGAUCCCCAUUUCAGUCCAGUCGCCCUCUACACCUACCAUUCUGUCGAACGGCAAUACCACGAACAGUGUGACCUCCAUGGGGGGUUCAAAAUCCAACGCCUCCACAUAUCAAGCCCUCACCCCGCAUCCACAACCCAUUCAAACCAAUGCCACCACCUUCUCGAAUCAUGUUGCAACUCCAUCCUCGCCCGAUCUUCAUCUCUUCGCGACCACAGGGGAGGGCACUGUCAAGAUCAUGUCCUACCCAUCCUUUGACAUUCUCCACACUCUUCAUGCGCACACGUCGGCCUGUAUGGCCAUCUCGCUCGCACCAACCGGCCGCUACCUGGCAGUAGGUGGCAGCGACGCUCUCAUUUCACUAUGGGAUACAACAGACUGGAUUUGCCGUCGUACCUUGUCCAGCGAGAAUGGCGGCUCCAUCCGCGGUGUGAGCUGGAGUUUCGACGGCCGCUUCAUUUGCGGCGCCUGCGACGAGCCAUACUGUGGUGGAAAUGGCCUGGAGAUCUUCCAUGCCGAGACGGGAGAAAGCGUUUACACGAUACCCACGGCAGGUGUGAAUGCAGGCGUACCGGCCGUGGCAUGGCAUCCGUCCAGGUACUGGCUCGCUUACUCGACGACCCACGAUGGGCCAGGAAGUGGCUCGGGAGGGUUGAAGAUUGUGGGUGCCGGGGGCGGUGCCCUGUAG